UGAUCCGUUAAUACUGCCAACAGCGACGCAUUUGUAGAUCUUUUCACGAAGCGACUGAAAUCCGAUUCUGAAACGUUUCUCUGGUCAGCUUGCCAGGCAUACAACUGCUGCAUUCAGAAGCGGUUGUAAAAUUUCCUACUCAAUUUUUGAUGCACUGUAGUUGCAAGGAUACUGCUGUUCUAAAGACAACACAGUCCCGUGCUAUACGUUCUAAAGACGUAACAUUCUACAGUGGCUUGUUCGCGGAAGUCGUUGAAAUUAAUAGAGAGGCAAAAUCAACAACGUCUGAUUAAUACGAGCUUUGUCGCGGGCCGUGAAUGCAUCGUCAAAAGUUAAAGUUGAAUCUGUCAACAAACUCGACCAAAAGUAGCACCUCGUCGUCGAGCCCUCGUCGCGGGCCUUCAGUUUAAAAUGUGACACGACCGUUCCGCAGAGGAAUAGGAAGCGUUCCGAGGCUUUGGUUUUAGUCGCGCUCCACGUUAUAUCAUGUCUGCGCUGGAGAAGCCCUGGUCCGACCUGACCGUGUUGGACGUGUACGACAUCGCCGCGGCCCUUGCGCAGGAGUUCGAACGGACCAUCGAGCGCUUCGGCUGCGAGACUCUGGCCGGCGUGGUCCCCAAGGUGGUUCGAGUCCUGGAGCUCCUGGAGACGCUGGUGGGCCGCCGCGUAGACGCCGCCGCCGGCGGGCAGGAGGCCGACGAGCUGCGGCGGGAGCUGCUCCGACUGCGGCAGGAGCGCAGCGACCGGACGGCGCAGGAGAAGAAGCACCACCAGGCGUUGGAGCAGGUGGAAGACGUGUGGAGAGCUGAAGUUGAGGAUUUACUCUCGCAGAUGGCUCAGCUACAGGUGGAGAACAAAAAGUUGCUGUCCAGCCGAGUCUUGAGUAGAACCCCCGUCGAAGAUCAGGACUCGUUCCAGCAAGAUGAGGGAACGGUGGAGAAGGAAAAGCAAGUGAUGACAAGACUCAACAGGUUGGUGGAGAAGCAGAGGCACGAAAUUCAGGCCAAAGACCACGAGCUGACGCUAAAAAAUGAUGACAUCGAGGCGCUCCAGAUGCAGCAGCAUCGUCUGAUCCGCAUCAAUCAGGACCUCCGUCACAAGCUCGGGUCGAUGGAGCAGCACAGCAAGGCGGCCACGCAGCAGCGGGCCGAGCUGGAGGCGGCAGCGCGGGCCCGUCGGCGCGAAACGGACGACCUGCGACAGGAGUUGAGACGGUUGAGGAAGGAACGGCAGGAGUGGGAACUGGAGAGGGAGGUGGCCAACAUGGAGGAGAGCUUUCUAUCGCUGCCCAAGGCGUCUCCACAGGCCUCCGACUGCGUCAUGGCGGACUCGGUAUGGGUCGAGUGCGGGGGAGAUCCCGACUACUCGGAGUACAUUCCCAACCUCCUCAGCAGCUCAGCACACCGAGACGGAAACACAAGUCAGCAAGACGCAGACAAGUCUGUCUUCUUACCGGAGAAAGUGCCUGAGAAGGAGGAGGAAGAGUCAGAAGCUCCUCACUUCACUCUGCAGGAGCUCCGUGACGUCCUGCAGGAGCGAAACCAACUCAAGGCUCAAGUGUUCCUCCUGGAGGAAGAGCUGGCCUAUUACAAAAGUGAGGACUUAGAGGAGGAUGUCAGCUCCUUCCUUGGUGCUUCAUCUUCAUCGACGUCGCCGUCGCUGCCCUCCACAGAUCAGCCCGAAUCUGGAAUACGCCGCCUGAUCUUCACCGCCAUCAUGCCUAUGGUUGCCGCCGGUUUAAUCGCUGAUGACCCGACGCUGUUGCCAAUCAGACGCCUCGUUUCCUCUGUAUGACUUUUUAAAUUACGCUGCCCACAAACAGUUCAGGGGUGUUAGGCUUAAUCCGCUACUUUUGAGCUUUGUAUUUGAUUUGGAUUUGCAAUUACCUGCCAACACGUGGGAAGUUGCCAACAGAUGUACAGGCAAUUCUUCUAUUUUUUUAGUACUUAAUUUAUUGAAGAGACAACACUACCGGUACUUAUAGUUUACUUGUUACAAAUGUAUUUAUAUGUGAGCCACUGAGAGGUAGAAUGGUCCAACUCGAUUUUUGUCAUUUUAUUGAAUAUUGAAUCAAUUGAAUUGAAUUUAUUGAAUCUGGGAAAGUGCAAUUAUUAACUCUUGCCAAUACGGUGACAAAUAUAGCGUGAGCCCAUUCUAGCUCUCAGUGGCUCAUUUAAAGAACAGCAUCUAAAAUAAUAUACGACUACGUUAAUGAGCAUCAAUGGUGUAAGAUGUGCAAGCCACGCUCAAGUCAAGCCAAUUUGACACAUUUGUCAACGAGAUGCAGUCAACCAAAUCCGCUAUACAAAUUUCAGGUGCUUUAAUGUUGUAAUAAAGCUUUAAUUUUU